AUGUCCAAACGUCACCUGAGCGAUACUGAGAAACUCAGACGAAGCAGAGAAUCUCAAGUAUACUCUGCCACCAGAGAAACCCUUUUCACACAGGAACUGCCCAGCAGUACAAUGCACGCAUUGUCACUGGAUUGGGUCUCCGGAGUGAAUUCCUCUCUUCCCGUUUACGUUCUGCAAGACCACAGCCAGCUGGUCUUCCUCUACGCCGGAGCGAAUGUCGGCGUCCUUUACAACCACACCACCAACUCGCAGCAUAUACUGCAAGGUCACAUCUGCCCCAUUUCCUGCAUGUGUGUCAGCGAAGAUCGACGCUGGAUCGCUACGGCCGACCAAAAUGAGAAGAGCACCGUCAUCCUGUGGGAUUCCUACUCCGGUAUUCCCGUGCACACUUUGUUCGACUGCCAUUCCGAGGGCGGAGUCAUCGCCAUGGGCUUUUCGCCGGACGCCAAGCAGCUGGUGACGCUUGGGAGGGAAAGCCAGCAAUGCGUUUGUGUUUGGGACUGGACCAACGAAACCGGCGAAGCGCUUUGGCUGGCCGAGCUCAGCCCCGAGUACGGUUAUCAGAAUCACAUCAUUUACAACCCGAACAACAGCACUCAGUUGCUCAGCAGCAGUGACAUGCAAGUGCUGUUUUACAGCACAGCAGAGAGAAGUUUGCAAUACGUUCCUCUGAAGGUUAUCAAGCUGGGCGACGCGGCCACCCUGGAACUGAACGCGUCUCUCUUCCCUCACUCCACGCCCGAGUUCUGCGAAAUGCAGAAAAUGGCCGGCGGGCCUUUGAGUCCGUCCGUCUUCCACUGGCGAGAGUUCCGGAUCAUUACCCCAUCCAGGGCCGGCGUCGUCAUGAUUUGGGAGCUCUCGCAGGACCUGGACUCCAACCAAAGGUUGAGCCGGGAUCGAGUAAAAAUCAUCUCUCUGCAGGAGCAUCCCAUCACUGUGCUGGCCGCGAUAGAUAAUUGCAUCGUCACAGGAGACACGCGAGGGCACAUCAACUUUUACGACGAAAAUAUGCUUCUCCUGACCUGGUUCACACAAAUGAAUCUGGACCCUAUCGUCUCCAUAUCGUUUUCCAAAGAAUUUGAGAGAGAAUAUUUGGAAGACGGCACGCCGGAUGACAAACCGGUACUGGGCAGAAACUUUGUGGUGUCUUCAUCCACGUCUACGGUGGUUCACGUCAAUGUGGAAAGAGGCACGUGGCGGGUCCUGCUGCAGGAAAACUGCCACCCUCUCCACGCCGUAGCCUGCCAUCCCAAGCAGCCGGCCUUUGUCAUGGGCAACCACAGGGGCGCCUUAAAGGUCUGGGACUACCAGCAGAAGCGGACCGUCCGCAAAACGGUGGUGGAGAAAGAGAAAGAGAUCCAGUGUGUCGCCAUUGACCCGCAAGGACGCUACCUGGCGGUGGGUUUUGCAAGCGGAGCUGUUCACUUUCUGGAUGUCAACACUUUACAAAGUGACCCCAAGGAACGCUUCGAUUACCCCCCGGACAGCAUCAGCCACAUGAGCUUUUCGCAUGACUCCAACUACCUUGCCACAGCAGACGUGGGGAAGGCGGUGACGCUGUUCCGGAUGCAGCCGACUCAGUGGAUAUAUUUGGCCAGGUACCGCUCCCAUUACAAGCCUAUCACGGACCUCUCGUUCGGGGUUGACCGGGACGGCGGCAAGCCCCGCCUCUUAACGCUCGGCAUGGACCGCCUCCUCGUGGAGUACGACGUGGAGGCCAGCGACACGGGGGAGUUGGUCAUCUUGCGUUCCGUGCGCCUGGAGCAGAGCGCGGUGCCCAAGUGCAUGACCUGGUACCCGCCUCUCGGUGCCGAGGAGUUUCUGGUGGUUGCCUCGGACCAAUACAAGAUGAAGCUUUUCAAUAGCACCGCCAAGACGUGCAGAAAGACCCUUCUCGGGCCAACGUACGGAAGCCCCGUUAAGAAAAUGGGGAUCCUACCGUCGUCGCAGUACACGGAGAACGGCUCGUAUUACAUGGCGUACGUCACGGAGGACAAGGUCGGCCUGCAGAUCCUGCCGCUGGACGGCAAUCCUUACAAGUCCCAAGCGGUGGUCUGCCAUCCGACCGGCGUAUCGGCCUUCGCCUACUCCCACGACGGACUGUUUGUUUUCACCGCGGGCGGAUCUGACUGCACCGUCCUUUCGUGGAAGAUAAGCUACGGUGCCCUGGAGGGAGCAGCGGCUUUGGGAGGAAAGGAGCUGACGCCAUACUACACGCUUUUAGAGGGAGGCAGGAAUGGAAAAUUCUACAGAGAAAUCGAGGACUUUUUCUAUUACUGCCAAAUCCACGAUCAAGGUCUGGAUUCCAUGGAGACGCGGCAGCUGUCCACCAAAAUCCCCCUGACGGAAUUGCCUUCGCUCAUGCGUGCUUUGGCCUACUUCCCUACUGAGCAAGAGGUUGAAGACAUGCUGAACGAGGUGAAGUUGGGCCAGUACGCAGAAACGGGAGAGUACGUGACGGACAUCAACCUAGAGGAAUUGAUCAAACUCUACAUCAACCACCGCCCGGCUUUCGGCAUCUCGGCGGACGAGCUGGCCGCGGCAUUUGAGGUUCUUUGCCGGGCCGACGCGUCCAAGGGCGAGCCCCGCCUUCGCAGAGACCAGAUGCUGGAGCUCCUGCAGGUCCAAGGGGAAGCCAUGACUGAGGAUGAGCUGGCAGAGUGUUUGACGGCACUGUUAGGCCUCUUUGAAGUGAAGGAAGAGGAAAGUCCUGAGGUGGACUUCAUUAAAUCGGACAAUGUCAGUCAAGAAUAUUCUUUGGAGAGUCUGAUACCGGAGGAAAUAUCCAUGGAGAUAUUUACGAGUCAAAUUCUCGGCCUCCCGCCGUCAUUGUCCUCGUCGUCGUCGUCGUCAACAACGUUGUCGUCACCUUGA